AUGUCAGCAUUCUUACCGGGAGGAGGCCUGCCACGAUGCACAGUUCUGGAUAAGGGUGAUGGUUCGCGUGUACAUGCCGGAUUAGAGGACCCUAACCAAUUAUUAGAGUACUUAUAUGAAGAUUCUAAAACAGUUUUAGAGUGUCUUCACCGUGGAGCUCGUGUAUCAAACAACGGACCUUGCCUCGGUUAUAGAGAUGGGGAUGGACCUUAUCAAUGGAUCCACUACAACGAGGUUAUAGAAAAAGCAGAGGCAAUCGGAUCUGGUCUUGUAUCUCUCGGUUCCAGUCCUGGAGAAGAUACAUUCGUUGCUAUCUACUCACAGAAUCGUCCUGAGUGGAUUAUGUGCGAGCACGCGUGUUACUCUUAUUCAAUGGUGGUUGUUGCUUUAUAUGAUACGCUUGGAAAAGAUUCUUGUCGAUAUAUCCUAGACCAAACUAAAUGCACCACUGCUAUUUGCGAUAAUAGCGAAAAAGUUAACAGUUUACUACUGCUGUGUGACGAGCUACCAAAUUUGCGUAAUAUUAUCAAGAUAGAUGAUGUAACACCGGAAGAAAAAGCGCGGGCUAGUAAAAUAAAUGUCAACCUUCUUCAACUAUCUGAGUUAGAACCUGCAACUCCAAACAGUCUCGCAACACUUUGUUAUACCAGCGGGACUACAGGUGACCCGAAGGGAGCUAUGUUAGAUCAUCGUAGUGUUGUAGCUAAUUCCGCCGGACUUUACAGUCAAAUGAAAGAUUCCGUACGUAUCGAACCUAAUGACACGCUUCUUUCAUACUUGCCUCUUGCUCAUAUGCUUGAAAGGGUUAUUGAGACAUUAAUGUAUUGUGAAGGUAGUCAAGUAGCAUUCUAUCGUGGCGAUGUAAAACUCUUAAUGGAUGAUUUAAAAUGUGCAAGGCCUACAGUUUUUCCUUGUGUACCACGAUUAUUAAAUCGUAUAUAUGACAAGGUUUUGGCUGGUGUCGCAGAAAGCUGGUUAAAAAAGUCUAUAUUUGAUAUGGCCUUAAAGUAUAAAGAAAGAGAAGUACAAAAAGGUAUUAUUCGUCAAAAUAGCAUAUGGGACACUCUGAUAUUUAAGAAGGUUCAGAAUCUCCUUGGUGGACGUGUGCGUUUAUUGGUUUCCGGUGCUGCUCCAUUAUCGCCGAAAGUCUUGCUAUUUUUACGAGCAGUUCUAGGUGUUCCAGUUCUGGAGGGAUACGGACAAACGGAAGCAACAGCCGGUACAAAUUUGAAUGUUCUUGGAGAUCCAACAGUUGGCCAUGUUGGACCGCCUUCGAUGUCAGUGAAAAUUAAAUUGAUUGAUGUACCGGAAAUGGACUACUAUAUAAAAGAUAACAAGGGCGAGAUUUGUUUUAAAGGUCCAAUAUGCUUUCGUGGGUAUUUCGGAAAUGCGAAGAAGACAGCAGACACUAUUGACAGUGAUGGAUGGAUACAUUCUGGAGAUAUUGGUGAAUGGUUACCGAACGGUGCAUUAAAAAUAAUUGAUAGGAUAAAGCACAUCUUUAAAUUAUCGCAAGGUGAAUAUGUAGCGCCAGAAAAGAUUGAGAACGUCUACAUUAGAUGCCCUCUAGUUGCUCAAAUCUUCGUAUAUGGUGAUAGCUUGCAGUCUUAUCUUGUAGGGAUUAUUAUGCCAGAUGAAGAAUCUGCUUUUGCAUGGGCAUCGAAGCGUGGCCUUAAGAAGGAUCUCCAAGAAUUAAGUGUAAACGAGACAUUCAAAGAGGCUGUUAUGACAGAUUUGAAUCGUUUAGGAAAAGAAAAUGGCUUAAAAUCAUUCGAACAGGCAAAUAAAAUACAAUUAAGAAAAUUUCAAUUCAAACUGAAUUGUUCUCUGUGGAAAAUGGUCUUCUCACGCCUACUUUUAAGGCAAAACGACCACAAAUUAAGAAAGUAUAUGAAGCUGAAUUGA